AUGACUCAUUGUUUGGCAUUUCUCCAUCUUCUUCUUCAUUUUCUCUUUGUGUUGUGUAGCUCAGGAGCAGAGGUUGUGACUAUUGAUGUACAAGCAGCCAAGAAUCUCAUCCAGACAUAUCACAAUUAUCUUGAUGUUAGGACGGUGGAAGAGUUUUUGAAAGGGCAUGUGGAUGCAGCUAAUAUCUUUAAUGUUCCAUAUAUAUUGGAUACACCAAAGGGCAAGGUGAAGAACCCUAAUUUUCUAAAGGAAGUUUCAUUUGUAUUCAACAAAGAAGAUCAUAUCAUUGUGGGUUGCCAAAUUGGGGUGAGAUCUCUAUCUGCAACAUCUGAUCUACUAGCUGAUGGUUUUAAGAAUGUGAAGGAUAUGGGAGGAGGUUAUGUGGAAUGGGUUAGAAACAAGCUUCCAGUGAUACAUAAGGGGUUAAAGAUCUAG